CUGGGAACAGGGUCUGACCCGCGACCCGCGAGGACAAAUUGUAGGUGUCAUUAUGCCUGUUAAAGUCCCGCCGCGAUUGUCGGGGGCCGCAUGCCUCGCGUCCUUGUCCUAACACUGAAAAAAAAAAACCAAAAAAAAAAACACCAUAUGAUUCCUAUAGUCUAUGGUUUUAAGAAUUAGCGCUAAAUAAAAAGUUCUAUUUUCAAAUUUCUUUCGAAGUGCUCGAGGUGAAAUGAAUCGAAUUUACUAUGUGGUAUUUUUAUUUUAAAUUCGAAAAGUGAUUUUAAUAAAUUUGUGAUUUAUUGUUGGUUUUGUUCUUUUGAAAUUUUAUUAAGAUAUAAAUGACCUUAAUCGAGCGAGAUGGGUGUGCGGGAAAGAAGAAGCAUAUUCAUAACCGUUUUAUUGAUUUCAUAUGGAAUAGCUGAUAUUGACACCAGCAUACCUAUAGAUUUGGCUUCUGAAGAAAAAGCUCCGCAAGUUACAACAAUAUCAUCCCCAACAUCCACAUCCCCUAUCCCGACCACAGUUAAUAUUUCUACCUCCACCUACGCGACAGCCAUACCCCCAAUACCCCCAAGCGACCGCGAUAGGUUCCUCACCUUCGCUGAAUCUGGACAUCAUCAGACAUUCAUGUUCGCUAAGGACAAUACCUUCAUACAGCUAGAUGGCGAUAUAAUCCAGCGAUUCCAAUUAAGAUUGUGCCGAGAAAUAUCGUUCAAGUUUCGAACGAGACUCCCUCACGGUCUUUUAGUUUAUCAUAAUGUUAAGAAUCCAGUUUUUAAAAUGCAGCCUUAUGCUUUGUACGUCAUCGUGGAGAAGGGCGAACUUAAAGUUGUACACGUUUUUGGAAAACACCUCACAUCAGUUACAGUGGGUAGAGCUUUGAACCGAGAUCAGUGGCACAGUGUGGUAGUAACUAUCGACGUCCAUGGUGCCAGAUUGAUUGCUAAAGUCGAUCAAUUGAAAGAGGAAGUUUACUUAAAGGGGUUAAGUUUCGAUACCAAUUAUGGCAUUACGGAUAACUUGACAUCCGUUAUUCUAAUUGGAGGUCUCAGUUCCGAAGAAAAACUCCACGGUGUCAAAUACAUCAUCGAAUCAUUUGUCGGAUGCAUCAGCGAUAUGGUACUAAGUUCAGGCAAAGCUGCCUCAGAUCUCUUACCGAUCGUUCCUCUCAUAGCAACCAAACAUGAGAACGUUAAAGAGGGAUGUAUUGACAAAUGUAGGACGAUGGAAAACCUUUGUUUCGAAGGCUCUAGGUGUAUUAAUGAGUAUAACGGAUACAGGUGUGAUUGCUUCGGGACUUUGUAUGAAGAACAGCUUUGUGAUGUCUUUACUGCUACAAUAUUAACUUUACGAGGUUCGAGUUACGUGUCUUACAGGGUUUAUGAUUGGAAGGAUCGCGUUCAUUCCACCAACACUCGAGUCAGCUUACAUUUCAAGACUCGUUUCGACGAUUCCGCAUUAUUUUAUGCGAGUGGACAGAUAGACGACAAACAUCAUUAUAUUGCUCUCUCAAUACACCAAGAAAAAGUCGCCAUACAAAUAGACUUAGGCGAUGGUCCCGUAGAAGAUUACUUAGGCAAUAAAUAUAAAGUAAAUAACAAUCGAUGGCACAACAUUACUAUUAUAUUGCAAGAAAAAACAGUAAUCGUUUACUUAGAUGAUAUAAGAGCAACUUAUGAGAUGCCAGGAGACGCUAAAUAUGUCUGUAUCGACCCUGAAAUCUACAUAUGCGGCGGACCAGAUCUACACAAAAUGAAAGGCCUCAAAUCGUUCAAUAACUUCGCGGGGAAUCUUAAGUAUGUUUACUACAACGAUGUAUCGAUCCUCUACGAGUUAAAGCAGAAUAACCCUAAAGUCCAUUACAUAGGUGUCUUAGAUCCUGAAUUCGAAGAAAUCGAUAUUGAAUUGAUACCUAUAACUUAUCCUUUCGCCACGUCUCAUAUAUGGUGGCCUUUGAAUCAGACCAACAGUAUCAAUUUGAUUUUCGACUUUAAGACUAGUAAGAAUAUGGCAGUUUUGGCUUACAGUCAGAUCACAUCGGGACAAGGCUACUGGGAGGUGAGAAUGGUGAAAGAGGAAAUCAGAUUCGAGUUAGUCCCGGAUGUAGGCAAGAACGUAACAGUUUUGAAGUCGGUUAAGUUCAACGUAAGCAAUGACUGGCACAACGUCGAGUUAGAUUAUAGGAAAGGUCGGAUCAAACUGACUGUGGACUAUCAUAAUAAACAUGCGCAGAUGUUUGGGCUAGACUUUCAACUGCAGGACAAGAUUGUCAUAGGAAGUGGAUUGAAAUCAGCCAACUUAGGUCUGAUCGGGUGUAUGAGGAAUAUCAAAAUCAAUGGUCUAUUGAUUGAACCAAGAUUCGUUAUAAACACAGAAAGAGUAGUUGGUGAGGUAGCAAUAGACGAUUGUAGAUAUGUAGAUCCAUGUACAAGACCCAAUACUUGUGAGCACGGAGGCAUUUGCUCCAUUAGAGAGGACAGAGUUAUAUGCAACUGUGAGCAUACAGGUUAUAUCGGCGAAAACUGUCAUUUUGCGACCUUCAGGAAAACUUGUGAGGAGUUAGCUCUCUUAGGCUACACAAGAAACGACGUUUACCUCAUAGACAUCGACGGAAACGGAAAAUUUCCACCAGCCCAUGUCAAAUGCGAGUUCCAAAUCGAGGCAGAUUCCUCUACGACAGUUGUCGAACAUAAUCUGCCUAGUCAAGUGGACGUCAGAUCAGCCCUUGGUCAAGACUUCAGCUUUAAGAUCAAGUAUCGAGAGUUCACAGCGGAAAUGCUUCAAGAGUUGAUAUCUCAUUCGUUGUUCUGUCGCCAAUACAUGAAGUAUGAUUGCAAUGUGGCACCUCUAGAACUACACAGUGCUACAUGGUUCAUAUCGUCUUCUAACAACACCGUGGAUUAUAUUGGAAAUGUUAAAAGAGGCUACUGCCCAUGUGGAGUCAAUACAACUUGCGUGAAUCCAACACAGUCUUGCAACUGUGAUGCCAACGAAAACAAGUGGCUGUCUGAUGAAGGAACUUUAACUGACCCAAGGAGCCUCGGAAUCACUGAAAUGUUCUUUCUACAGCAGAAAGACUUGACUGAAGAGGCUCAGGGUCGGAUUACUUUGGGACCUUUAGAAUGUGUUGAAACGAAUACGCAACGCUACGUAGUAACCUUCACAACAUCCCAAUCAUACAUAGAGGUACCAGGUUGGCGGAAAGGGGAUAUAGCUUUUAGUUUUCGGACUACAGGAACCAGUGCAAUAUUACUGUUUCAACCGCCUAUAAGGCCGAACUAUCCUUCGUUUAUGGUAGCUUUGACGAGUGAACACGAACUCACAUUUAAUUUCACACUAAACACUGGGACUACAAGGAAACUUGUAAUAAACUCCAAAAGAAAGCUCAACGGGGGAGAGUGGCACAAGAUUUGGAUAGACUACAAUUUCUAUCAUGUCCGGUUCAUGUUGAACACAGAGUAUCAGAUGUUGAAUCUCUUGCAAGAAGAGGAAUUUGGUCCAUUUGAAGGGUCUAUGUUCAUUGGAGGUGCUACUGCGGAACAUCUCAAAAAAUCCGCAGUACACCAGGGUUUGAUAGGCUGUUUUCGAGGUUUAGUAGUGAAUGGUGAAAUCCUGGAUAUAUACAGCUAUAUGUCCGUCCAUUUGUCUGAAAUCAUAAAGGACUGCAAGCCAUCCUGUGUGCCCAACCCUUGCCAAAAUAAAGCCACUUGUAAGGAGUUAUGGUCUACGUAUGAGUGCAUCUGUAAGAACCCUUGGGCGCAUUUGGGAGUGCACUGUGAAGAAAACAUAAACGAGAAGGCAUUAACAUUCCAAACCAAAGAGGCAUACCUAAAGAAGAACUAUCUUGUAGACAACGCGACAGACGCAGAAAAGAUGCGACUGAAGAAAAUGAUGACAGAAAACGUCCUAAUGAACCUGAGAACUUAUGACGACAACGCGUUAGUCCUGUACGCGAACGACAAUCUAAACAACUUCAUACAUCUGUUCAUUCACAAUGGAACGGAAAUCAUUUAUCUAUUCAACAACGAAGAUGAGAUCGUACAAAUGAAUGUAACUUACGAGAAGAUCAACAAAGGGGAAAGUGUUCAGAUUGCUAUCAUAAGGACGGAGAAUACCACCACUUUGCAUGUGAAUGAUAAGAACACGACGAUUAAUACAGUUGCGAAGCUUCUGUCCAACUAUACUAAUAAGCCUUGGAAGAAUGCUGAUUUGGAGGUAAUCCGCCCUCAAAGACCCCCGGCGCCUCCCACGGACUACUUCCAAAUGAACCUCGGAGGAUACGACCCUUACUCUCUACAUCUAGCACCCAGAGCGAUCCUCCUGCCUCAGGGAGGGUACGUGGGCUGCGUGAGAGGAUUCAAAAUUGACGAUCACGUGGUCGAUUUACCCAAAAAGGCGCAGCAGAAUAUUGAACAAGAUCUAACAGGCGUACUCCCAGAAUGUAACAUGAAAUGUGAUUCUGAACCUUGUAAAAAUGGCGGAAUUUGCACUGAAGACUUCACAAACCAGGAGAGCAGCUGUGAUUGCGAACUGACUAGUUAUUUUGGCGAAUAUUGCAUGGAAGAAAAAGGUGCGGAUUUUAAUGGGGAAAGCAUUCUACAGAGGAAAUUCGUUUUAACCGGACCCGUGUUAAAAGUAAAAAUAAAUUUAGCCUUCUCGAGCAACGAUCUUAGACAAAAGAACACAGUUCUGCUAUUAGUGCAAACGGAAAACAAGCGUAGUUACUAUUUACUAGUAGCAAUAACACAAGAUGGCUAUCUAAAAUUCGAGGAAGAUAGGGAAGAAUCUGCUUACGGUGCUGAAUUUAAAAAUAGGAAUUUCUUAAACGGAGCGCGUCACACAGUAUACUAUACUAGAAUUGGUCAAGAAGCAAUGCUACUAAUAGACAGAAUAGAAGUACCCUUAGAGAAAUUACCACCAGAAGGUCUAUGGGAAGUGUAUGACGUAGGUUCUAAUGAAGUACAGAUCGGUGGUCUCAAUACUACAGAUCCAAGACUUAAAAUAUACAAAGGAUAUAAUGGAUGCCUUUCGAAUAUCUUCGUGGAAUUAAAUGAUUAUGAAAUGAAACCACUCGAAGAAUACAUGCUCUUCACUCGGUCUGAUGCCGAGAAAGUGAAUGCUGUUAACGCCCAAGGAGUUAGGAGUGCACAGUGCUCAUCUGAUUUUGAUGAAGCAUGGCCUGAACAUGAUCAACUUGGAGCUACACAUAACGGCAGCUUUCUUAUUAGUGUUGACAAAACCUGGGUUGAAGAUCCACCCUCCAGAGUUCCAUACGACUCAUUGAACUUACAACCUGACACUGAGGAGGAGAAUACUGAUAAAUUCUUCAUAGCCCUAAUCGUUAUAUUCCUACUUGGUCUCUGCUACACUGGUUCCCAUAUGUGGCGAACACACAAAGCCUACAAACUGAGGCUGGAGAAAGAAACAGAUGAAAACAUUUUGAGGAGUAAAGAAAAAGCGACCAAAUUGCAAGAACCUUCAGUUUCAUUAGUACAGCUCAAUAAAGAUGAAGAAAUCAAAGAAGGAGAUAAGAAACUAAACGGAGUAGUGAUAGAUGUCGUUCCGACCAUCAUAAUAGAAGCGACUGACGACAAACCGCCCAGCCGACGAGGAUCUUUGAGAUUUAGGGACAUGGUAGAUAAAGAUAUAGCGUGGGAGCCUCUGGAAGAGAAAGAUGAAAUGCUAGAAAACGAAGAAGAUGAUGAAGACGAAGAAGAAGAAGAUGAAGACGAAGAAAAAGAAGAUAAAGAAAGCGCUUCCGAUGAAGCAAGUGGAACCGAUUCAGAUAACGAUAAAAGUAAUACUCUUCCAAAUGGUCCAGCAGACGGCACAGAACCAGACCCUAGGAAGUUAUCAACUACGCUAUCGUCUCUUGAAGAAGAGAAUUCUAUCGAAUUAACGACAAGUGCAUGAUAAUAAAAUUAAAAAAAAAAAUUGGCUUUCACUAUAAUAAUUGUUGUA